AUGAAGGAUAUCAUUGAUGCAUUUGAUUGACCUCUUAAGCCUAUAUUUACCCCAUCCAAAAAGGCAGAUGCUGGAACCCAGUAUAAAAUUGAUCACUCUCCAGUAAUUUUUAGAACAGUAAAGCAAAGGAGAAUGUCUGUUAAUUCUAAACCAGUUAGGAAGAAAUCUCGAAAUCAAUCUAAACGUGAUAGAAUAAAAUCCAUGCUUGAGGAAAAAACAAGAUAUCUUAAUGUUAAGUAUAUGACCAAGAACAAAAUGAAUCUUAGAGGCAAGAAUAAACCAUCGAACAAUAAGAAAGGAUCCAAAGUGAAGACCAAUCUAGAUCUGAAGCUAUCUUCUCCUUCUAUUAAUUUUUACCCUAAAAAGUCAGGAAUGGGCUGAGAUCUAUCAACAAAAGAGUUUGGAACAGUUAGGUUUCUUAAUGUGAAAAUCAAGAAAAAUACCAAGAAAUCAAGUGAUAAUGCAAUUAAUCAAAAGAGCAAUCAUUUUACAAAUAAUAUCCCUCUGAAAAUGAAUCCAUCAGAGUCGGGUAUUCAUGCUUCUCUUUUAAGUAUCCAAAAUCAAAACUCCAACUUUAAAGUUCAGUAUAAAUUCUAAUAAUUUAGGCUGACCAUAAAGAGCUAAAUAAAAGAAGAAAUUCUAAUAAAAUGAUAGGCAAAGAUAGCAACGCUACAUCUCAGAUUAAUCUACCAGAUUUUCCUUCACGAAGACCAAGAUCAAAUUUUUCGCUAAAUAGAAAACUCUGAAAUACUAACAAAGAAAGCCAAAACAAAUUUAUAAUUCAAACUCCAAAACUGAUUGGUCCUUCAACUGCGUCAAACAAGCUUAGUAUGAAAAAGAACCAUUCGAAGCAGAUAUCAAAAUUAAAGAAAAGGAAAAGCUCAAAAAUUCUCAACAAGAAUCGUAGAUAUUCAAUGAGCUCUUCAAUUAUUAUAGUACCUAAAACUCAUGUUUAACAGGUCAUUAACUUCUCCCUAACCCGACAUUUACUUCAAAUAAAAGUCUUUCUCCUAUAAAAUACUCAAAAUUCACCAAAAUAGAGUCUUCUCCCAGAACACCCUCACUCUAUCCCAAAAUAUCCCAAACCCUUCACCUCCUUCAACCCCAAAACCCCAAAACCCAUCCCUCCAGUACAAAUCCCUAAAAUUCCCUCUAAACCCCAAAGCACAAUCCCCAUUCCCAAUUACCAACUAUAAAAAUCCUCUCCAAACAAAAGUCUGCUUCACAAGCCUGCCAACAUUCCUG